AUGGAGCAGCUCAAAAAACUAAUCCAAGAAUAAGUGGAGGAAUAAGAUAUUGUCGAGGAUUUAAAUAUCGAUGGUGUGAAAAUCACUAAAUUCACUGAGGAAAUGGCUGCUCUCUUUACUCAGCAUCAAUAGCUGUUGGGUUUGUCAUUUGAAAAAUGCGGAUUGACAACUCUUGACGGAUUCCCUAAAUUAAAGAAAUUGUAAAAUUUGGAGUUUGAAAACAACUCAUUAACAGGAACAGCAAUUAAAUUUAUAGCAGAUAAUUUCAAGGAGUUGAUCAACUUGAAUUUAUCACAAAACAAUAUUAAGUCAGUUGAUGAUUUGAAGCCCUUAGCCUCUCUAACCAAAUUGGAAUCAUUGGAGUUGAAGGAUAACCCCCUCACCAAAGAAGCAGGAUAUCAUAAAAAGGUGUUCCAACUUCUCCCAUCCCUCAAAGUAUUGGACAACAAAAAUGAGAAGGGCGAGGAAGUUCUCGACGAUGAAGUUGAUGAUGAAGACAUAGACGAUGACCAAUUAGAUGAAGAUGACUCAUUCGAUGAAAGCGAAGUAGAUGAUGAAGAAUCCGAAGAGCCUGUUAAGCCAACAAAAAAAACAAAAAAAUGACAUUCUUUUGUUUUGCCCAUUAAAACAUAUAAAAUCCCGCCAAUAA